AUGGAUCACAGCAUGCUGUACGAACUGGAUCCAGUGUGUGGAUCAACAGCCAGCACUCACAACAGCGCCGUCACAGCGCUUCGACUGUUGCGAAGCUACAAUCAUUUUGUGGUACCACCUGAUGCCCGUGGUAUGGUCCCGCUGCUUGCGUCUCUACCGCCGCCAUGUCUGCCGUCCUACUGCCAGCACUUACCACUUUGCUCACCGCUAUCUACAAAUGGUAUCCCGAGCUUGACCCCCUGCGACGAGUCGCGCCGGAGGGGGGAGAAGAGGCCCAUACCCUCGGAGAUGAAGGACGAAAAGUACUUCGAGAGGCGAAGGAGGAACAACCAGGCCGCCAAGAAGUCCAGAGACGCGAGGCGCAUGAGAGAAGACCAGAUAGCAUGGCGCGCUUGCCUCUUAGAGCAAGAGAACGCAUCUCUCCGCGCGCACGUCAACGCAUUGCGUCAAGAGACUCUUGCGUUGCGUGCGUUACUGGCUGCGAGGGAUGAGGCGCCCGCACCUACCUCUACAACUGUCGACUAGAAUACAAAAUCUGUUAUAACGACAUAUGCGAAACUACUCAUAUUUAGCAAAGAUUUUAUACUACAGAUAUGUUACUUGCGUGUCGAAAUUGAGGUGGCUAAUUGUAUUAAUUUCAUUUAGUCGCAUAGUAAACAACGAAAUUAUUUAAACACUAGUUAACGUUGCGCGGUUUCACCCGCGUGGUUCCCGUUCCCGUAGGAUAACGAGAAUAAUUUAGAUAGCCUAUAGCCUUCCUCGAUAAAUGGGAUUGAAAGAAUUUUUCAAAUCGGACCAGUAGUUCCUGAGA